AUGGCACAAGGGAUAUGUGAAUUACUUUGGCUGAAAAUGAUAUUAGAAGACUUGAAGAUAAAGAGUGAUGAAUCAAUGAGACUUUAUUGUGAUAAUAAAUCUUCUAUUAGAAUAGCCCGUAAUCCAGUGCAGCAUGAUAGAACCAAACAUUUUGAAGUUGACAGAGACUUCAUCAAAGAAAAGUUAGAUAGUGAUCUUAUUUGCACUCCAUAUGUUUCUUCUCAAGACAACGUUGCAGAUCUUCUAACUAAGGGGCUGAACAGCACUAACUUUGAAAAGUUUAUUUUCAAGCUGGGAAUGAUAGAUGUUCAUUCACCAACUUGA